AUGAAGGAGAAAGAAAAACUUACAGUCAUUCUGCUUUUGAACUUGCGCUUUGUAGCAAUAGGCCGCAGACUCUUGCAGUGUACUGGGCUAUUGGAGAACCCCACUGGGACACAACAUGUGACAUUUCGAGAGGAAAAGAAAUGUGAUUGCGGAGCUAUAUUCUACAUUCAUAAGUGUGUUAAUAAAAACAACUUUCAGAAGAUUUCAAUGGCAAACUUGAUGAAAGAACGUGGGAUAUGCUGGCACACAGAUACGCAG